AUGAUAUUUAUAUUGCAUUAUACGGUAUCCAAUUGGCAUGUUCAAGAACUUGCUAAUUACUCCGAGAGCCCAAGCAAACAAAGACCGUUACUAGUUCUACAGAAUGCAGAGAAGUCAGAUAUUCUUUUAGAGAUGUUCAGUAUAAUGUUAGCUGUAUUAUUUGUUAUAUUCUCUUUUGUAACUGGUCAAUUUUUUGAUCACAAUAAUACUCUAAUGACUAAUGAAGUUUUGGAAAAAAUAUCGUAUAAUCCUUAUAUGAUCCGUCAGAAAAAAUUAAUUAUAUACUUUUGUACAGUUUUUCCAUUCUUCAGUGUUAUACGAUUUGCAAACUCUCAAUGUCUAGCAAGUAAUUCGCUUAAUGGCACAUGCUUUACACGGCGAGAAUGUUAUAACUAUGGUGGAACACCAUCUGGUACAUGUGCAAAUGGUCUUGGCAUUUGUUGUGUUUUUCAAAAGACAUGUGGGUCUACUACAAAUAUAAAUAAUACAUACUUCAUUAAUCCAGGCUAUCCUACUACUUAUAAAGGAGGAGAACGUUGUACAAUAACAAUAAAUAAAUGUAAUUCUGGCAUAUGUCAGAUACGUUUAGAUUUUAUAGAUUUUAGUUUUUCCCAACCUAAUUUAAAUGGAACAUGCGAUUAUGAUUUGUUUUUAAUAACUGGAGCAGCAUCAUCAGUACCUCGUAUAUGUGGAGAAAAUUCUAAUCAACAUGUAUAUGCAGAUUUUAAUGAAGCAUCCCCAAUUACAAUUUCUAUAGGAACAAAUGCAGAUUAUGCAUUUGAUCGUCGUUGGAAUAUAAGAAUACAACAAAUAGCAUGUGAUUCUUUAUGGAGAGCUCCUAAUGGAUGUUUACAGUAUUAUAAAUCAACAUCUGAUACUGUAACAAGUUUCAACUAUGGUACAACUGUGAAUUCAAGAUCACCUGAGGUGGGAACUAGAGAAAUGGUUAAUUUAAAUUAUGGUAUUUGCAUUAGAAUGGCUUUAGGUUAUUGUAGUAUUCAAUGGUCGCAAAGUGAUAUAAAUUCAUUUUCUAUUUCCGGAGAUACAAGUACUUUAGAUCCAACUAUAAUAGGUACUUCUGCAGUAGCAGAAUCUGGAUUGAAUUGUACUGAUGACUUUGUUAUUAUACCAAACCCCAGUGAAAAUGGUAUUCCUGAUAAUACAGAACGUUUUUGUGGGAAUGCUUUUACAACUAAAACAUCUACUUUAAAACCAUUUGUACUUUAUGUUGUUACAAAUGAUAAUGAAUUAAAUGAUGCACAAAACAAAGGUUUUAAGUUAACAUACCGUCAAUUGCCAUGUGCUGUAUAAAGUAAAUAGCCCAUAAAUAAACAGUUAAAAUUAUUUAUUGAUUAACUUUGUAAUUAUGCAAGAAAUAAAAUAAAGUUAAUCUUUAUAAAUUCAUA